AUGGCGGAGGUGAAUCCUAUUUCUCUGCUGCCGCAACCUCCUUCGCCAAGGACUACUAUCUCAAUCACUCAUUCUAUGGCUUCAGGUUCCGUUGAUGAAACAAAGGGCCAACAACUAAUGGAUGAUAAUGGUAUUGGUUCAUCUAGUAAGGAUUUUACAACUAGUAUACUGGAUACUUCAGAUAUAGGUGGGGAAUUGAAUAGCAAACCUGAAAUUGGGAUGGAAUUUGAGUCCAUUGAAAAGGUUAGAGAAUUUUAUAAUUCUUUUGCUAAGAAGAAUGGUUUUGGAGUACGUGUUCGUUCAAGUAAACCAAAGAGAGCAGUUUUGGUAUGUUGCAAUGAAGGUCAACAUAAAGUGAAGAUCUCAAGAACUGAAGAAAUUCAAGAUAGCACUAAUCAAACUAAAAGAAAGUGCUCAACUAUCCGAAGUGGUUGUGAGGCUUCACUUAUUGUUUCAAGAGGCACAACCGAAAGUAAGUGGAUGAUAAAGUCUUUUAACAAUGAUCAUAAUCAUAUCAUGGUUAGUCCCAAAAGUGUGUCCUAUAUGAGGUGCCAUAAAAAGAUGAGUGUAGCAGCAAAGAGUCUUGUUGAAAAAUUUGAAGAAGAAGGCAUACCGACUGGAAAGGUUGCUGCAAUUUUUAAUGAUGGUGACUCAACUUUCACUAAUAGGGAUUGUUGGAAUUACAUUAGAAAUGUUCGGAGAAAGAAUUUAGAUGUUGGAGAUGCUCAAGCUGUUUUCGAUUAUUGUAAACGGAAACAAGUAGAAAAUUCUAACUUUUUCUAUGCAAUCCAAUGUGAUGAAGAUUCUCGGAUGGUGAACUUGUUUUGGAUGGAUGCUAGAUCACGAUUAUCUUACCAACUCUUUGGGGAUGUCAUCACUUUUGAUACCACUUAUAAAACUAAUAAGUAUAGUAUGCCGUUUGCUCCAUUUGUUGGGUUGAAUAAUCACUCUCAGUCUAUUUUAUAUGGUUGUGUUUUACUACAAGAUGAAUCAGAGGCUUCUUUUGUGUGGUUGUUUAAAACAUGGCUUCAAGCAAUGGGUGGAAAAAAACCUAUAUCUAUCAUAACUGAUCAAGAUUUAGCUAUGAAAGCUGCUUUGGCAAAAGUCUUUCCAGAAAGUCGUCACCGCCUGUGUUUGUGGCAUAUUAUAAAGAAGUUUCCUGAGAAGUUAGCUCACAUAUAUCACAAACAAUCUAUUUUCAAGCGAGAUAUGAAAAGAUGCAUUCGAGGUUCACAUAGCAUUCAAAGUUUUGAAGAAGAAUGGAUGCGCAUAAUGGUCGAGUAUAACUUGAAGGAAAAUGAAUGGCUUCAAGGGUUAUAUAAGAUUAGAGAAUCUUGGAUACCAAUUUAUAACAGGAGUACAUUCUUUGCUGGAAUGAAUACUACUCAAAGAAGUGAAAGUAUUAAUGCUUUCUUUGAUUCUUUUGUUGAUGCAUCAACAAAAUUACAAGAAUUUGUGUUGACGUUUGAGAAAGCUGUUGAAAGUCGCUUAGAGGCAGAACGAAAGGAAAAUUAUGAAUCAAGGCAUAAGUCUCGUAUUUUGAGUACGGGUCAAAACUUGAGGAGCAUGCGGCAUCUAUAUACACCAGAAAUAUUUUUGCUAAAUUUAAAGGUGUCCAACUGCUAUGAUGCUCGAGAUACUUUCACUGUUGAUAUAGACUUAGACUCACAGAUUGCUAAAUGUGGCUGUGAACUAUAUGAAUUUAUGGGGAUAUUGUGCCGACACAUACUAGUAAGUUUCCAAGCAAAGGGAGUUGUUCAGAUUCCUAGUCAUUUUAUUAUGGAACGAUGGACUAAGGAUGCUAACAGAGGUCUUGAAGACACUUAUAAUGAUAAUGAUUUGGGUGAAAAAUCUGAUACAUUAAAGAUUUUAAGAAGGGUGCAUGUGCAACGAGAAGCAAGUUUUUUAGCUGAUCUAGCAGAAGAGUCUGAGGAAGCAUACAAUUUCAUUAUUUCAGAAAUGAAGCAAACUCAUAAGUCAGCUGCUGCAAUGAAAACAAGUGAAGGAGUAGCACUUUUGGAGUCAAGCGAGAAGAAUGUAAAUCAAGUUUGCUCAUCUGAGCAAGUGAGUGAACCACCACAACUGACUAUUGGAAACCCGCAUUUGUCAAAAGGAAAGCAUGUCAUGAAUGCGGGGAGCACGGUCACAAUAGCAGAACUUGCAAGAAAAGAAAUCAAAAUGAUUAAUGGAUACAUAACCGUUGUGAUCAAUUGCCCCUAUUCUAUUUAUCCCCUUGAGUUGGCAGAUUUGAUGAAGUUUGGUACUUUUCUUUUGGCAAGUGGUAAUGAACAUGCUGUUUUGGCUCUUUUAGUACUAGUAACUUGUACAAUUGUUCAAUCAAAUGACAAUUAA